CCUAUAAACAAGGGGCCGGGGUCUCUCUCCUACGGCGUGCGCAUGCUUUGGCUUGGCAAACCCGAUUGGAUCUUCAGAGAAAUCGCCAUCCCCUCUCCCUCUUCUCGUGCCCAUCGCUCCUCUACCCAUUCUUACUUGAAUCUUUUCUGACGAGGAAAUCUGACUUCGGGAGCGGCUCCUCCGCGUUGCCUGGAUCGCCCGGGAUCAGUAUUUUGCUUCCAGUCAGAGGUCCAAAAUAUCAAAGGGAUGCAGAAAGAUGUGGUUGCAUGAUGGAGUACCUUGCCUGGAAAUUGGCAGGAUACACAAACAUAGUUGUACUUUACUUGAUCUCGAUGACAUUGGACUGCAAAUAUAUGCACAACAAUUGCCUCAUGCACACACACAUAAUGGGGCCGCGAGUUGUAGCUCAACCAUCGUCUCUGGUUUCUUUCUAGGUGGAGAUGGUUAAAAUUGCUGGUCACUUAUAAUUACCAGCAUCUUAUACGUCAUUGUUGUUCAUCGCCAACUUAUUCAAGUUUGAAAGUAGAACACUGAGAAGAUGGCUGAGAAAGAGAAUAUUCUAAUGCAGAGAUAUGAGAUGGGAAAGUUACUUGGAAAAGGGAGUUUUGCCAAAGUUUACCAUGCUCGCAAUGUUAAGACUUCAGAAAGCGUUGCUAUCAAGGUGAUUGACAAAGAUAAGAUCAAGAAGUGUGGUCUUAUGGAUCAAAUAAUUCAAGAGAUUUCGGUGAUGAAGUUGGUAAAACAUCCAAACAUUGUCCAAUUGUAUGAGGUUAUGGCUACCAAAACCAAGAUAUAUUUUGUGAUAGAGUAUGUCAAGGGAGGAGAGUUGUUCAAAAAGGUUCAACGUGGAAGGUUAAAAGAAGAUGUUGCUCGUACAUAUUUCCAACAAUUGAUCAGUGCUGUUGACUUCUGCCAUACUAGACAAGUUUAUCAUAGAGAUCUAAAGCCCGAAAAUCUUCUUCUUGACGGAAGUCACAACUUAAAGAUUUCAGACUUUGGUUUGAGUGCACUUCCAAACUGCAAGAGAAAAGAUGGGUUACUCCACACAAUUUGUGGGACUCCUGCAUAUGUUGCUCCAGAAGUAAUUAGUCAAAAAGGAUAUGAUGGUGCAAAAGCUGACAUAUGGGCUUGUGGAGUGAUCCUCUAUGUGUUGUUGGCGGGCUAUCUUCCUUUCCAAGACAAGAACAUGAUGGACAUGUAUAAGAAAAUUUGCAAAGCAGAACUCAAAUGGCCAAGUUGGUUUUCUUCAGAUGUUCGAAAGCUUCUGCGGCGCAUCCUUCAUCCAAACCCUAAUAGACGAAUAUCUAUUGAAGAAAUAAGGACUCAUCCUUGGUUUAGAAUUGGUCUUGAUGCAAGAUUGUUUGAUUCUACAACGAGAGAUUAUGUGCCUAGUGACAUGGAUUUGGCUUUGAAUUCCUUAAAUAGCAAUAUGGUCGAGUGUAAUUCAGCGGCAGAGAAACUGACUAUUUUGAAUGCUUUUGAUAUCAUCUCCCUGUCUAACGGGUUUGAUCUCUCUGGUAUAUUUGAGAACUCAAACAAGGAGUCUAAAUUUAUGUCUACCAACACAGCUAUGACAAUUAUCACAAAGCUAAUGGAAGUUGCAAAGAGCCUGGAUCUGAAGGUUAUAACAAAAACUGGUGGAUUGUUGAAUAUGGAAGCUGCCAAAUCAGGAAUAAAAGGUGUGAUGUCUAUAAAUGCUGAGAUAUUUCAAAUCACACCAAAUUAUCAUCUCGUGGAGAUCAAGAAAAUCAAUGGUGACAUCCUUGAGUAUCAUAACUUUAUGAACCAAAGCAUGAGACCGGCACUAGAAGAUAUUGUGUGGGCAUGGCAUGGUGAACAACCUGACGAGAAGUAGACUCAUCAACUUUAGAUAAUCAUCAACCUACAACCUUAGAUAUUGUGGCAGCUUUAAUGCUAUUAGAAAGUGUAUCAGGCAUUCAGGCCAAAAAAAUGUCAUGGGACUUAAUAAUAUUA